AUGGACAUGGGCAUGGAUGGGCAUGGACUUAAACGUGGAGAUAAGGCCAUUCAUCCAUUCCUUUAUGGAGCUCUGCACUCCACACGCGCACACGACACAUCAGACCUCGAGAAAUUAUACUUAUGUCAAGUUUCUGAUACUCAUUCCUACUCUUCCUUCUUGGCCCUUGACCCGGGAUCCAGAGGAACUCUGAGUCUCUGCUCUGGCAGCAGCACAGCAGCACCAAGAGAUCAAAACCACCGCCUGGCCACAGCGGUGCAGUUCACUACAGUCCGAACAACGACGGCGGGACAAGCCAAGGUCAAACCUGGAAGUGUGCCAGAAUCUGUCCGUCCGUGUGCGAAGGUACUCGAGUACAGCACCAGCGAAACCUUCGGCCCUAUGAGCGAGCCUAUAAGCUUGGAUCAAACCAGAGAAAGUCGUCGUGGCCCUUUGAACGGUGCAGCGUGGCAGGCGAGACAGCGCAAAAUACCACCUACAUAUUCGCCCGUCCCCCGGGUGAACACCAGAUACGCCCCCGAGAUGCCUGAGCGUGCAAUGGGGAAUGCCGGCCAGUCCACAGAGGCCAGUACUCGUAGUCAGCUUGCAGAAACCACCGUCCACUGGCUAUGCAACCAGCUAGCUUGGGCAUCCAGCAUGUUGCAAACAGCUCAACACGAGACCCAGAGCCAGACAAUCUACGGGCCACCAAAUAAAGCAGAAGCCGGCCCGUGGUGGACUACUCUCAAGCGCCUACGACGCAGCAGCAUACCUAGCCACAGCCGAACAAGCAGCGGUCCAGAACCAGUUCAAACCCCCCGACGAUUGGCCCAUCACGACGACACCACCACACCAGGGAAUCAGCCGAUGUCUGGAGUCUAA